GUGUGUGUGACUCUCAUCUCAUCUUCUGAGGCUCUUGCAGAGAAAGGAAUCAAUUUGACUGCCAGGAUUCUGAGAACAAUGAUGCGUACAUGUGUUUUCUUUUUUAAAACCAUGUCGUAUUAACUUCGUAGGAGUCAUGCAUUACUAUUUUGGAGGUUGUUUGUCAACAGUGUUCCUAAUUUUGACUUUUUGGACUGAGGUUUGCCACUCGUCGGGUUAUUUGGAGAUCCAGUUGAUCAGUGUGGAGAAUGACAGGGGUGAGCUCGCGAAUGGAAACUGUUGCGACGGCGCGCGGAGCGCACGAGACGCUCGUUGCGACCGGGACGAAUGUGACACUUACUUCAGAGUGUGUCUAAAGGAAUACCAGGCGGAGAUCACCACGUCUGGGUUAUGUACAUACGGCACUGGAAGCUCGAGCGUGCUCGGAGGGAAUACGUUUCAGUUCAAAGGAUUCAAUGGAAACCCAAACAAGGCCAAUGACCUCGGGACCGUUAUCAUGCCCUUUCAAUUCGCCUGGCCGCGAGCGUACACUCUGAUCGUGGAAGCUUGGGACUGGGACAAUGAAACAGUCACUGACAAUAGUGAUGAUCUGUUGAUUGAGCGGAGUGUUAACCGUGGGGAAAUGAACCCUGGAGAGGAACGACAGCUCAUUCAGCACAAGGGUCAAACUGCUAGCUUCCAGUACAGUGUGCGUGUGCGGUGUGACCGACAUUACUAUGGCAGCAAGUGCAACAUAAUGUGUAGCCCUCGCGAUGAUUACUUUGGACAUUACACAUGUGAUCACCUCGGCAAUCAGCAAUGCAUGGAGGGCUGGAACGGGCAGGGAUGCACGAAAGCUAUCUGUAAGCAAGGCUGCAGUGAGCAGCAUGGAGGCUGUGACGCUCCAGGAGAAUGUGUGUGUAAGUACGGCUGGCAGGGUCCACUCUGUGACGAGUGUUUGCCAUAUCCGGGGUGUGUGCGCGGCACCUGUGUGAAACCCUGGACAUGCACCUGUGAGAAGAACUGGGGAGGACUUCUGUGUGACAAAGAUCUGAAUUAUUGUGGAACGCACAAGCCAUGUGUGAAUGGAGGCACAUGUUUGAAUACAGAGCCAGAUGAAUAUUUUUGCUCCUGUCCUGAGGGUUACUCUGGGAAAAACUGUCAUAUCGCCGAGCAUGCAUGCAUGUCAAACCCGUGUGCAAAUGGUGGGACCUGUCAUGAACUGGUAUCAGGAUUUGAGUGUCAGUGUCCCGCCGGCUGGGAUGGCCCAACCUGUGCUAAAGACAAAGACGAGUGUGCGUCUAACCCAUGCGCUCAUGGAGGAACCUGCUUUGAUAUUGAAAAUGGUUUUGACUGUUUAUGUCUCCCGCAAUGGACCGGCAAGACCUGUCAGAUAGAUGUCAACAGCUGUUACGGUCAGUGUCAGAAUGGAGGAACCUGUCUGGAUGGUUAUCAUGGUUACGAGUGUCAUUGCCAGCAAGGGUUUAUGGGAAGACACUGUGAGGUGCAACAGAGCAGGUGUGCCAGCGCCCCGUGCCAAAAUGGUGGACACUGCUAUUCCCUAACCAUGGGCUAUGAGUGUGAGUGUCUGUACGGAUACACCGGAACCAACUGUGAGGUACAGGUGGAUCCAUGCAGUCCAAACCCGUGUCAGAAUAAAGCUCAGUGUCACUCUCUGCAGGGAGAUUUUUACUGUGCCUGUGCAGAUGAAUAUGAGGGAAAGACAUGCAGUCAACUUCGAGACCACUGCAAGACCAGCACCUGCCAAGUGAUUGACAGUUGCACUAUUGCCAUGACCACAAACGGAACAACAAAAGCAGUACGGUAUAUCUUAUCAAAUGUGUGUGGUCCUCACGGGCACUGCAUCAGCCAAUCAGGAGGCAACUUCACCUGUGCCUGCCAACCAGGGUUCACUGGGACAUACUGUCAUGAGAAUAUAAAUGACUGUGCAUCAUCUCCGUGUCACAGUGGAGGAACCUGCAUUGAUGACAUCGGCUCCUUCCACUGUGUCUGUCCCGAUGGCUUUGACGGACAACUCUGUGACCUGGAGGUGAAUGAGUGUAGCAGUGAGCCUUGUCUAAAUGGAGGUCAUUGUAUUGAUCUACUGAAUGAUUUCUACUGUCACUGCACUGACAACUGGAAGGGAAAGACGUGUAACUCACGAGACAAGCAGUGUGAUCCCAAUACAUGUGCUAACGGAGGAACAUGCUACGAUCAUGGAGACUCGUUCCACUGCGUGUGCUCCUCCGGGUGGGGUGGCAGUACCUGUAAAACAGCAAUGAAAAUCUCAUGUGAAUCUGGGCCGUGUCUAAAUGGUGGAACUUGCGUUGGAGGGGGCGUAGCCUUUACCUGCAUCUGCAAGGAUGGAUGGGAGGGGCCUACCUGUGCUCAGAAUGUUGAUGACUGUAACCCUCAUCCCUGUUAUAAUGGAGGAAUAUGUGUGGAUGGGCUUAACUGGUUUCGCUGUGACUGUGCUCCAGGAUUUGCUGGGCCUGACUGUCGCAUCAAUAUAGAUGAGUGUCAGUCUGCUCCCUGUUCAUAUGGAGCCACAUGUCUGGAUGAGAUUAAUGGAUAUCGUUGUCUGUGCCCUGUUGGUCGAGCUGGACCACGCUGCCAGGAGUUUAUCGGAGUUGGGAGGGCAUGUGAUCGCUCAGGGUUGCAGUUUCAUCAUGGUGAUCGUUGGGAGGAUGGGUGUAACAGCUGUCAGUGUAUGAAUGGAAACAUCAGGUGCACUAAAGUGCAUUGUGGUCCCCAGCCCUGUCUGUUGCAGUCAAGCUUUAGUGAGUCACAUCGCCCCCUGUGUCCAUUAGGGCAGGAGUGUGUAGAGCAUCAUUUCCUUUCUUGUCUCCGUACCCCCUGCCAUCAGCUGGGGAUAUGUUCCAAUCCAGAACGUCCAUAUCCAAUCAGCACUCAGUGCCUACCCAACAACGGCUACCUAGACGACAACUGUGCUCGUGUUACGCUUGUAUUUGACUCUAAUAGUGUUCCACAGGGGACAACUGCUGAAGGUGUUUGCGCAGAGUUAACAUAUCUGCCAAUCACACGAAUCCUGGCCAAAGACCACACCCUUUCCAUUCUUUGUGACCAAUCACCUUCCAGCCACAAUGCAGUGGAGGUUGCUAUGUCAUAUGAGCAAAACAGCUUUGUGGAGGGACGUGCUCAGAUACAGGAUGUGGUCCGCUCCAUCAUUGAUGUUCUGACUAAACGUCACAACAGCACGUUAUUGUUGGCUGUGAGAGAGGUCAGAGUUGACUCGCAGGACCUGCGACCCUCAGUUGGUUACCUUGUCCCGUUACUGUGCGUUUUGUUUGUAACAUUGUGGAUCUCCUGUGUCGUCGUGUGUGUGUGGUGGUUUCGAAGACGCAGGAAAGCAAGAGAAAGAGAUGACAUGCAGAUGGAAGAGAGCAUCAACAACCAGCGUGGGUUGCUACCAAGCACUCGAACACCACACAAAGACAACAUGGACACGCUGCAGGAAAAUAAGAACCUGAUUUACCCUCUGGAUCGGGUGGGAGAUGGAGCUGAACGAGAGGAUGAGGAGGAAGAGGGGGAGGAAGAGGGAGACAGAGGGCUGGUUAUGCAUAAAUGCUCAUCUCUCAUGUACUCUAAAGGAGAUGUAGUCUACACUAUUCACACUUCAGGCCAAACUCAGCCACACAGGACACAUUAUAGCAGCAAAGACAACCGCUGUAAGAACAAUUUAAACGAGAGCAUGAGCGAGCACACAAAAAAUCAUUACGUAUGAAAGAGCUACACAAACUGGGAAAUUAUUAAAAGUAAUUUUUUGUCUGGCUGACCAAAGAUCCCCCUGGGCUUGAGUACAACCCCUGUCAUUGUGUACAACAAAUCAGAGAUUCAUAGAAUGGCUUUCAAAAUCCUUCCCUUCUGUUUACACUCUCACUUUCUUUAAAAAGAGGGACAUUUAUACACAAGGUUGAACUUUUGGAUUACGUCUGUGAACUGUGGAGAGACCUUUGACCCUCGGGGUUUAGGAGGAAUCAGCAAUAGGCAGCUUUGAAUUGUUUUUGAUUAUGUCCAGACCUGCCCUAUGUCCAGUGUUAGGAGCAGUCAUCUCUUCCAUAGGUAUAUAUACACAAGUGCCUCAUUGAACAUUCAAAAUAGCACUUACAGCUGACACAAGCAUUUAAUUUUUUUUAGAUAGACUUGACUCAAUGAUACUCAUUUGUGUUUUUAUUAUUUAUGUUAACAAAUGCUGUAGACACACUUAAGAAUUUUAAGACAAAAAUGUUUUAUUUUUAAUAUAAGUUCUCCUACCUUAGUGGGUGAUUCUCACAUUUUAGCCCAAUCCUCAUUACCGCAACAUGCAAAAAAUUAUAUAAAUUGUUUGAACUGAAAAGCAUUUAUACAUCAUAGUAGUUCUCCCUUAGUCCUACCUUUCAUUUUCACCAUUUUAAUAAAGAAAAUCAAUAGCAUGUAUUUUAUUGCAAUACAGUAAAAACAUCACUGUGUUAUGGUAAUAAGAAUAAUAAUUUAAAACAGUAAGAGUAGUCAAAGUAAAACACCUAGAUGCAUUAUGUUAAUGUUCAUCGAAAAAUGAAAAUUCUCUCAUAAUUUACAUGUAUGACUUUGUCACCUGCUGAACACAAAUGAAGAUUUUUAGAAGAACAUUUCAGCUCUUUUGUUCCAUAAAUGGGUCCCAAAAUUUUUAAGCUCCAAAAAUCACAUUAAGGCAGCAGAAAAGUAAUCCAUAAGACUCAAGUGUUUAAAUCACUGUCUUCAAUACAGUGAUCAAUAUUCAAGUGUUUUUUUUUACUAUAAAUUCUCUUCCCUGCUCAGUCAAUUUCCACUUUCACAUUCUUUUUGUGUUUUUGGUGAUUCAUAUUCUUCAUGCAUAUCGCCCCCUACUGGGCAGGGAGCAGAAUUCAUAUUGAUCCGUUUCUCACCCACACCUAACGUAUCACUUCUUAAGAUAUGGAUUUAACCACUCUAAUCGUAUGGAUUACUUUUAUGAUGCCUUUCUGUACUUUUUGGAGCAUCAAACUUUUGGCACCCAUUCACUUGCAUUGUUUUGACCUACAGAGCUGAAAUAUUCUUCUAAAAAUCUUCAUUUGUGAAGAAAGUCAUACACACCUGUGAUGGCAUGAGUGUGAGUAAAUGAUGAGAGAUUUUUCAAUUUUGCACAAACUAUCCCUUUAAUGAGAUUUGGAGGGUAAAAUGUGCUUAAGUGUCCUAAAAAUAAUGUCACAAUGCAGAAAAUCUAUGGUCCUGAAUUGGUUUCAUUUAAUUUCAAUGUUGUUUCAUAUUGAAUUGGGGUUAAAUAUGACCCGUACAUUUUCUUGACAGGUUUCGUGAGAAUCACCCUAGUAAUUCUCGGUAGGGGUCUUUUCCUGGAAUUGGUUCUCAGUCCUAACAGACUAAUAGAGUAUUCUAACUGAUACACUCUCACCCACACAGUUCUAGACAGUUAACCAUUUUUGCUUAGUGUUUGAUUCUGUGAGGUGUCUAUGACAGCCAUAUAAAAAGAAAAGACAGUUUAAAGGAUUAAGGAUCUUCUCUUUGAUAUUUGAGACUUUGAGUUUAUGUUGGUGAGAAACACACUCUUGUAUUCUCCUCCCAAACUCUUGGGUUUUCUGGUCACCCAGUGGCUGAAAAUAAUUUUAGUUGUUUGAUCACGGAGAGAUGAGUCAUUAAGAUUAUAGAUAAAGAUUAUGCAUAUGUACAUAUGUAAAUAGUGAGAGAAAAACAUAGCUGUGUAUAUUUGAGUUAAAUAACUUAUGCAACACCUUUUUAUUAUUUUAAAUCUUAGAUGAAAGAGACAAAAAGAGAGGAAAAAAAAUAUUUCUGUGUCAUUCCUUUUAUUUAUGUUGGUCAGAAAGUGUUUUAUUUAUAUAUAUAUAUAUAUAUAUAUAUAUAUAUAUAUAUAUAUAUAUAUAUAACACAUAUAUAUAUACACACACACACAUUACAAGUAUAUACAGUGCAUUCAGAAAGAAUUCAGACCCCUUCAUUUUUUCAUAUUUUGUUAUGUUGCAGCCUUAUGCUAAAAUGCUUUAAAUUAUUUUUAGUUUUCCACAUCAAUCUACACUUCAUCCCAAUAAUGGCAAAGCAAAAAAAAUACUUUUGAUAAUUUUGCAAAGUUAUUGACUGAAAAACUGAAAUAUCACAUUGACAUAAGUAUUCAAACCCUAUGCUAUGACAUUUGAAAUUAGCUCAGGUGCAUCCUGUUUGUACACUUUUCUUGGAGAACACUUGUUGCAAAUUCAGUUGAUUGGACAUGAUUUUGAAAGGCACACAUCUGUCUAUAUAAGGUCUCACAGCUGAUGAUGCAUAUAAGAGCAAAAAACAAGUCAUGAGGUCACAGGAACUGACUGCAGAGGCACAGAUCUGGGGAAGGCUACAAAAUGUAUUGGAUGUAUUCCAUAAUUCUUAAAUGGAAGAAGAUUGGAACAACCAGUACUCUACCUAGAGCUGGACUCCUAGCCAAACUGAGCAAUCGGGGGAGAAGGGCCGGUAAGAGAGGUGACCAAGAACCUGAUGGUCACUCUGGUUGAGCUCCAUAGAUCAUGUGUGGAGAUGGCAGAAUCUUGCAGAAGGACAACCAUCACAUCAAUACUCCACCAAUCUGGGCUUUAUGGCAGAGUGGCCAGACGGAAGCCUCUCCUCAGUGCAAGACACAUGAAAGCCUGCUAGGAAUUUGCAAAAAUGCACCUAAAGGAUCUUGAGAAACAAGAUUCUCUCAUCUGAUGAGCAUCAUGUCUGGAGGAAACAGGCACCACUCAUCACCUGUGCGAUACCAUACUAACAGUGAGGGUGUUUUUCAGCGGCAGGGAUUGGGGGACUGGUCAGGGUUGAAGGAAAGCUGAAUGCAGCAAAAUACAGAAAUAUCCUUAUUGAAAACCUGAUACUGAGUGCUUAGUACACAGUCAAGACAUCGCAAGUGUGGCUUAGGGACAACUCUGUGAAUGUCCUUGAGUGUCCCAGCUAGAGCUUGGAAUUGAACCCAAUCGAAUAUGUCUGGAGAGAUCUGAAAAUGGCUGUCCACUGAUGGUCCCCAUCCAACCUGACAGAGCGUGACAGGGUCUGCUGAGAAGAAUGGCAGAAAAUCCCCAAAUCCAGGUGUGCAAAGCUUGUUGCAUCAUACCCAAAAAGCCUGUAAUCCCUGAGAAAGUACUGAGUUAAGGGUCUGAAUACUUAUGUCAAUGUGAUAUUUCAGUUCAUUCUUACUAAUAAGUUUGCAAAGUUAUAAAAAUUCAGUUUUUUGCUUUAUCAUAAUGGAGUAUGGUGUAGAUUGAUCUUUUUUUUUUAAACUAUUUUACAAAAUGUGAAGAAAAAAAAAAUUAAGGGGUCUAAAUACUUUCUGAAUGCACCGUAAAAGGGUCACAUGCUGGAGUGUAUCUGUGGAGAGUCUUUAUAAGAGAUCACGCUGAACAUUAGAUCAUCUGUGUAUAUAUUAGAAUAGAUUAUCUGUGUUAUUUUUAUGCCUUUCCUAAUGAAUGUCAACUAGGGACUGACCAUGCUGAAAGUAAAAGAGAAAAAUAUUAUAUUGCAGGUGAUUAAAAACUGCCUUUUUCUGAAAUUCUGCUUUUACUGGAGAAAGACUCAAAGGCUUCAAAGAACUCUGCUGGGUGUCUGAGUGGCACUUUGUCUCCUUGGAAAAGUCCAACACCUGCAUUUUCAUGCCAAUGUCAGUCAUGCUAUAAUUAUGUGUUUAUAUUAGCGUCCCAGACUGUCUGGAUUUUAAGCUGGAUUUUGGAAGACGUUUUUAUUCUUAACGUGUCCGGAACAUUACUGCUUGUUAUUAUACUACAAUUUAAACUGAAACCACAAACGAACCAGAAUCUAGCAUGUAAUAACAGAAAAACAAAGUGGAAACUAGGAAGCAAGCCCAAACUCCUGUGUAUCUUCUGUCUGAGUAUUGUGUUGCAUUUUAGAUUUGAUAAAUAUUACAUCAUAUUUAAAAUGGUACUAUAUUACUUUAAUACUAUUUUAAGAAAGAAGAUAGGACUAAAGAUGAGAAAUCCUCUCUUAUUUGUGAUGGCAGUUGUGUGACUGCCUUUUGUAGUUUCUGUGUCAAAUUCCAUGCAAAAGGUUUUGGAAGGUCAGGAGAAUAGUUUCAGCGCAUGUUGCUAUUGCUGAAUGAAGGGAACAAUUUCAUUUUUUUUCUUUCUGUCAUUUAUUUAAUUUGGUGACUUUAUUGUACAGAUUUUAUAUUAAUAUUACAAGAGCUGAAGAUGAAUACAGGAGGAAUUGAAUAAUGAAAAAUCUGACAGUCAAUUAGAUUUAUUCUCAUACUGAUUUCUGUCACUUUUCAAUUAAAGAUGUGCAUUUCAAGUUUUUGAUUAUUGUACAAUAAAAGGAAAUUAUACACUCCUCACAUGCAACACACAACUCAAAACUCUUAAUAGUCCAUCACAUUACUGGCUGUGAGUACUUCUACAUUCACUGAACAUCAUACUGAAUUUGGCCUUACAUUUGCUGUACCUGUUUGAUUUU